AUGGAUCCUCCCAACAAGCGGCGCAGGCUUGCGCCCAAGGUCCCAGAACCUGCUCCCAUUCCAACUGCUUCAGCAACUGCCGCCGCCGCCGCCACCGUUCCCACCCCUGCCACCACCCCCCAGCAGGCUCAGUACAGUCCGGAGCAGACUCGCCAACACUUCCCCGUGCAGGAACCUGCCCACGCCGCUGAACGCCAUGAUUUCGAGUCGUUUGCCCGCCACCUGCAGGAUGCUGCCAUGCUCAUAUACCGCAAGAUGGAGAAGACGCCCUCCUACACCAGCGCCUCCGUCUUGCUCCUGCGCUGGGAGGAGGACACCUCCGUAGAGCACGAGCUGGUGGCCCUGGAGAAGGUCUUCCGCGAGAAGUACAACUACCACACCGACAAGUGGGCAAUACCCACCGUACCGAACCCCAGCAUCAAGCUUGGUGUCCAAAUGGCUGCUUUUAUGGACAACGCCAGGAGUGAUCAUUUGUUGAUCAUCUACUAUGCUGGGCACGGCUAUGUUGGCGCCGACAAGCAGUUGUACUGGGCAAGUAAUACUCGAGAGGAUGCUUGCAAGCUCAAGUGGAGCGGCGUGCGCUGCCUCUUCGAGGAUGCCUCAUCUGACAUCCUGCUCCUUUUGGAUACAUGCGCCAUCCACGAUGCUCCAGUCGCCGGUAGCCACGGAGUGAAGCAGGCCAUUGCCGCAUACAGCCCGGGCCAGAGGGACGCUGACUAUCACACGCACUCCUUCACAACCCACCUGGUCGAAUCCCUUCGCAGGCUCAGCUCGGGGAGACCCUUCACUGCACAGAGGCUGUACGAGGAGAUUAUGCGCCAGAGGCAUGAUGAUUUGACUGCGAAGCUCAGCAAUGGUGGAGCGGGAAAGCCGCCUGUCGAGAAGUCCCCCACAUUCUUCACCCUUACCCCAGGCAAGUCCCAGAACCUUACUCUGGCGCCUCUGCGCCCAGGUCGUACGUCCGCCCACGAUGCAGAGGCAAAAGAUGCUUCUGGAUCCGGUCCAUUGCCUGAUCUCACCUUCGAUGAGGCCAGAGUGCUUGUGUGCACCACUUUUGUUGGUGAUGCGAAUCCGGACAUGAUGUUCUACAACCAGUGGCUGCAGCAAACUCCACCCAUUGCGUCCAAGAUAACCAUGGAGGGCAUGUUCCUCGGACCCCCAACGAUGCUCCUGAUCUCCAUGCCUCAGUCCAUAUGGAAUGUUUUCCAACACGACAAGGUCUGCUGCUUCCUGGGCUACAUCAAUUCUCACAAUAUGAUAGACCUGUACAAGGGUCUUGUCAAGUCGACGCCUGUGCCUCCUGUCAAUCACAAGGCAGUGGAGGAUGGUCGCAUUCUACUUGAGGCUAGAGAGGCGGCUACUAGUAGCCCGGCUAGCAAGCGACGGCAUGAGGCGAUAGCCCAACAGGCGUCCAGUUAUUCAGAGCUGCCGAUGCGGCAAGAGGCGCCAACCAGAAAUCCGCUUCCCAGCUCAGCCCCGACAGCGAGCGUGAUCGCGACUGCGGCUUCUGUCAGGGACGACGGUCAGGACUCAGCUGAGAUGAAGGAGGCAGCCGAGCAGCUCAAAGCACUGAGCCACGUUAGGCACGUGAGCGAUGGCGCGGCAAGCGCCGUCUCUGACGCCCGACAACGGGAUUCACCGUCGUCAGGUGCCAAUGAGUCCGGGAUGGAAGACGUCCACUACUCGGCAGACCUCAAUGGCUCUGCUUCGAAACCCAAGCCGGCCCCACCAGCUCGGAAACCUUUAGCAAAAGCGCAGCCCAAGCAGGACACUCGAUGCACCCUCUGCAGCCAUGCACCUUUCAAGGAUUCCUCCUCGCUGCGCAAACACGUCGCCGCUGCUCAUACGCGACCGUUCCCUUGUGCAUUCUCUUUCGCCGGAUGCACCAGCACAUUCGGUUCCAAGAACGAGUGGAAGCGCCACAUCGCCUCCCAACACUUGUGCCUUCAAUACUACCGCUGCUCACAGUGCCCAUCUAGCGCCGCAGAGGGUAAAGGCAACGAGUUCAAUCGAAAAGACCUCUUUACGCAACAUCUUCGGAGGAUGCACGCCCCGUUCGCUAUUAAGAAGGCACUGACCAAAGGCGACAGCAAAUUGAACUCUGAAUGGGAGAAUCAUGUCAAGGAAAUGCAGCAUUCUUGCCUAGUCACACGUCGGGAGCCGCCUCAGUUGGUGUCUUGUCCCAAACACGAUUGCCAGAAGGAGUUUGAAGGCCAUAUAGCCUGGGAUGAGUGGACCGAGCACGUAGGUCGCCACAUGGAAAAGGGAGAUGGCGUCAGGCUCGGAGUCGACCCCAUGCUGGCUAAAUGGGCUCUUGACGAAGCUAUCAUCGAGCGGGAUGAAAAUGGAGGAUACAGGUUCUCAACACAGAACGCCAGCAAUGGAGAUAUGGAUCGACGCGAUUCCAUAGUCAACAGCUCCUUCAUCUCGGAUGGGGGCAAGCUGGAGGAGAAGGUGGACAAGUUGGAUGACAUUGCGAACGGCAAUAAGUCCGAGGACAACAUCGAAGAUGACGAACAUGACCCAAACUCAAUCGUAGUGGCGACGUCAACGGCGAUGCACGAUCGGAUGGACACGGACGACUAG